AUGCAUCAAUAAAAAUUAGAAAUAUAAAAAAGAAUCAGAUCACCUUUAAUUCCAAAAAUAGAUCUAUAAAAAAAUAUAUCUUUAUUUUAAUCAUAAAAAUAGCAAUCUGAAAGAACAAAUGAUUUAAAAGCUUCCUAAAGUAAUAGUAAUAUGAUUGAAUUAAGUGGAUCUAGAUUUCUUUAAUCAAAAUCUAUUAAUACAGUACUAACUGGACACACUGAUAUUAUUUUAUGUAUUUGUGCUUUUUCAAAUUCUUCUAUUUUAUCAGGAAGUGUAGGAGGAACAAUUAGAAUAUUUUAUAUAGACAAUGCCUUAACCUCAACAAAAUUAAAUGAUCAUUCUGGGGAUAUUUUAUCAUUAGUAAAAAUUAAUGAUACAAAUUUUGGUAGUGCAAGUUCUGAUCAAACUAUUCGAAUAUGGAAUUUUUAAAGAAAAGUAUGCGAAUAUAUUCUUGUUGGACAUUAAGAAUCUGUCAAAGCUCUAAUCUAUUUGCAAGACGUAAAUUAAUUGGCUUCAGGUAGCUUAGAUCAAACAAUUAAAAUUUGGUCACUCAAAAACCCAAAAAUAAAAUUAAACAUAUAAGAUAAUUAAAAGAUCUUAGCUCUUUGUUAUGUAUCAUAUAAAGGUUUAAUAGUAAGUGGAGGUGAUAGUAUAAUUAGUGUAUAUAAUAUUUUAAAUGGAUAUUGUAGAGAUAAAUUAGAAGGUCAUACAGGAAAUGUGCUUUGUUUGAAACAUUUAAAAGAUAUGAUAAAUGGAGAAUUUGUAUCUUUAAUCGCUUCUGGGAGUUCAGAUAAAAAGAUUAUUCUUUGGAAUUUGGAUAGAGCACUUAAAUUAUAAAUAUUGGUUGGGCAUUAAGAUAAUGUGUCAUGUUUGACUUUUGAUAGUGAAAAUAAUUAGCUUUGGUCUGGAGGUGCUGAUUAGACAAUAAGAUGUUGGGAUAUUGAAAAAGGUAAGUAAAUUUUUAUUUUUAAAAGACACACUGAUUAAAUUAGCUGUAUUGAGUAUAUUCCUAGUAGAGAAUUGAUAAUUAGCGGAAGUUGGGAUAAAAAAAUAAGAGUAAGUUCAAAAUCUAUUUUAAUUAAUUGA